CGGUGACGAGGUCUUAGACCAGUAGUGCGUCUCAUCCCUUUUGUUAAAACGGUUCGCUCUCCUUCACGCGGGGAGGCCAAGGUGGUGCGAUCGAGGCCUACGGCGACGCGGCCGCAGCGCGACGUGAACCGCGCGACCGGGAACUCGGAAAGGUCGAGCUUUCCUCUUCGGCCUCCUGGUGAGUCCAGGUCCGCGGUGGCAACGUGCGAUUCUCGCGUGGCGCACCGUGUUCGUCUCUUCGUGGCCGGCGACCGACCGCUCGGCAUCACUGAGAUGACGUGAUUCGAUCGUAGAGGGAAAGAAUCGCAGCGAUGUCACCCGCAUUUCUGCCGGCGUUGAACAUCGUGUCGCCGAGAUGCGCAGAGACGCGCUCGCUCGCUUCCUCCGGGUCUCGCGGGCCGGACGACGCGCCAACGAGACUGGCGAGAAAGAGGGAGAGCAAUGGAGAGUACGUCGGGGAACCAGGCGCAGGAUGGACUGGCUCGUCAGGAACCUGCGACACGCACGAUGCACAUUGCGUUGAGCUCGAAACAGAUAUCAAGAUGGGUACGGCGAACGCACAAACCAACCCGGGGCACGCAGACGAUGAGGCUCACUCAAGGGGUGGCUCGAUCGACGCGUUCUUCGCCGAGACGGUGAUUCUUUUAACCGGCGCUACCGGCUUCUUGGGGAAAGCCCUUCUGGAAAAGCUGCUGCGUUCGUGUUCCCGGAUAGCCACAAUUUUCGUUCUAAUCCGUCCAAAAAAGGAUCAGACCGUCGAGCAACGUUUCAAGGAAUUGCUGAACAACCCAGUUUUCGACAGGAUACGGUCGGAAUUCCCGGGCACCUUGAACAAGAUCUUCCCUGUGAAGGGUGACGUGGGCCUGCCCGAGCUGGGGCUCCAGUCCGAGGAUCGGGACAUGUUGAUAGAAAGAGUUAAUAUCGUGUUCCACAGCGCGGCCACCGUGCGCUUUAACGAGCCGCUCAAGAUAGCCGUUAAUCUGAAUACGAUGGGCACCGAUCGUAUGCUGGAGUUGUGCAGGCGCAUGACAAACCUUAUUAGCGUCAUUCACGUCAGCACGGCCUACAGUAAUGCCGACCGACGGGAGAUUGAAGAAUCGAUAUACAUCACGGAGGUGAAGCCGUACACGGUGGUCGAUAUGUGCGAAAAUUUGGACGACGAGACGAUAGGAAUAAUAGAGAAGAGAUUGGUCGGCAAACAUCCGAAUACGUAUACGUUGACCAAAGGCUUGGCGGAGCAGAUCGUAAUGUCUAAAGGAGGCGGCCUACCGAUCGCGAUUGUACGACCGAGUAUAGUCUGCGCUGCGUAUCAAGAACCAUUUCCAGGAUGGAUAGAUAAUACUUGCGGUAUUACAGGUAUAAUGACGGAGAUUGGAAGAGGCACCGUUAGAAGUAUUGUAUGUAACGCGAAUUUAGUGGUGGACGUUGUACCAGUCGAUUUUGUCGUCAAUACGUUGAUCUGCGCGUCUUGGCACAAUACUAUGCAACAUUCUGACACGAUAAAGAUUUACAAUUGUACCAGCAGUGCAGUGCAUCCGAUUACAUGGGGCGAAUUUGGAUAUCUCGUGAGAAAACACGCUAUAGAAUCUCCAUCAAAAUACGUGAUGUGGUAUCCAGGUUUCACAUUUAGGACAAACAAAUUUAUUCACGCUAUCAUAGUAGCUACGUUGCACUUUUUACCUGCAUUUAUCGUAGAUCUAAUAUUGAGAGUACAAGGUUGCAAGCCCAUAAUGCUGAAGAUGACUAAGCGGUUCGAACGCGCCGCUAAAACCGGAGAGUUCUUCGCGAUGAACGAGUGGAAAUUUUAUACGGGUAACAUGACGAAAUUGGUGAAAUUUAUAAAAUCGUCGGAAGAUUGUAGUAGUUUCGAUGUAGAUAUUAGAAACGUGGAUUGGGACGUGUACUUACACCAGUACAUGUUAGGAAUCCGAAAAUAUAUCUUAAAGGACAAUCUAGAUACAUUAAAUAACGCCCGAAGUCGAUUAUCGAGGUUGUACUGGAUGCAUAAGUUCACUAAAAUUCUCAGUAUAUUCGCGUUAUUAGGAAUGAUCAGAUGCGCCGGUCGGUGAUGCCAUCGAGAAUCUGAAUCGCGACCCGCGCGAUCUGAGAAACACUGCAAAAAUAUUGUGAGAGGAAAUAUUAUAAGAAAGAGACUUGACUCACGCUUCAUCCUUCGAAGACUAAAACACUUGUCAAGUACUAAUAUACCAAUUAAAGUAAAUAUUAACGAAAGGGAUUAUUGUGAAAAUAUGUUGAUUCAUGAUCGUAUAGAACUUAUAUAUUAUAGAACUUUUGUUUAAGUCAUCUCUUUGUAUGUAGCUUCACAUUUUCCGCAGUAUUGAAUUAGCUUCGCAGGACUGUUUCGGCUUUCUACUAACAUAAUGCCCAGAUACCUGGUCAAAUCGAGAACAAAUUUUGAAAGUGUCUGCUGCAAUUUUUGUCAGCAGAAAUAUAGCAAAAUCUGCUGACAGACUAGAAUGACAAAUUAACUCACAAAUUUAACCAAAUCUAUAGUUUUGUAACAAUUUAAAUGAUACAUUAUAUUUUUGUUAACAAUCUGCUGUUAGAUUAUAUCCGCAGACUCUACCGGCGAAAUACGAGUUUAAUGCGGACACAAAUGAUGCUGGACUUGUUGCAAUAUUUUGCAAACACACACCUAUUGUCAAUCUGUUGUCAUAUUGCGGGCAAUUUGCUUAAUUCAUAAUAUCAUAUGGAUUUACUGAACGAUUGACAUGUAUAAAAAAAAUACGUAUAUAUUUUUAACUGUUGAAUAUAUUCGGAGUACAGUCUUAUUCAUUA